GUCCCGCUGCUCUGGUUCUUCAGCGCUCCAUAUAGACACGCCUAAAACCUACGCACAUAUUAAAAAAAAAACAUUUAAUAUAACUAACAGUCAAAAGAAAAAAGGAGAGAAAGAAGAGAAACAUUACUGGGUUACUAUGCACUUGCGACUGAUUUCUUGGUUUUUUAUCAUUUUGAACUUUAUGGAAUACAUCGGCAGCCAAAACGCCUCACGGGGACGGCGCCAGCGAAGAAUGCAUCCUAACGUCAGCCAAGGCUGCCAAGGAGGCUGUGCGACGUGUUCAGAUUACAAUGGAUGUUUGUCAUGUAAGCCCAGACUAUUUUUUGUUCUGGAAAGAAUUGGCAUGAAGCAGAUAGGAGUGUGUCUCUCUUCAUGUCCAAGUGGAUAUUACGGAACUCGAUAUCCAGAUAUAAAUAAGUGUACAAAAUGCAAAGCUGACUGUGAUACCUGUUUCAACAAAAAUUUCUGCACAAAGUGUAAAAGUGGAUUUUACUUACACCUCGGAAAGUGCCUUGACAGUUGCCCAGAAGGGUUAGAAGCCAACAACCAUACUAUGGAAUGCGUCAGUAUUGUGCACUGUGAGGCCAGUGAGUGGGGCCCUUGGAGUCCAUGCAUGAAGAAAGGAAAAACAUGUGGCUUCAAAAGAGGCACUGAAACACGGGUCCGAGAAAUCCUACAGCAUCCUUCAGCUAAGGGCAACCUGUGUCCCCCAACCAGUGAGACAAGGACGUGUAUAGUACAGAGAAAGAAGUGUUCAAAGGGAGAGCGAGGUAAAAAAGGAAGGGAGAGAAAACGGAAAAAACUCAAUAAAGAGGAAAGAAAGGAUACAAGUUCUGACAGCAAAGGUUUGGAGUCCAGCAGAGAGACCCCAGAGCAGCGGGAAAGCAAAGACAGACAGCAGCAGCAGACGAGAAAAGCCCAAGAGAAACAACAAAAAUCGGUAUCAGUCAGCACUGUACACUAGAGGGUCCUGUGAGGUUCUUGUAGACUCAUGAUGCUGCUAUCUCAACCAGAUGCCCAGGACAGGUGUUCCAGCCAUCAGGGCCACAAAUGGAAAAUACACCAGUUACCGCUCUGUCUAAACAACAUUCCGAAUAGUUGCUAUAUUCUUCAUACAAGCAUAGUUAAAAGCAAAGAGCCAAACGUUCAAAGAAGGGAUACUUUUAGAUGGUUAUCUUUUGUGCUUCUGUGUAUUUUUAAAAGAUGAGAAAAUUUGUACAUAAUUAUCAAUAAGCUAUAAGCUAUCCUCAAUGUAAUGAGGACAUCCAGAGAAGAAACAUCUUUUUCCUAUAAAAAAAUUAUUCUUCGAGUAUUGUCUUUAAGAAGCAAAAGAUAAUUCUGCAACUUCAAGAGGCAGUGUCCCAAGGAAAGGUCAGGAGAGAGAAACAUCGCUCCAAGCACAGGGUGGAUUUGUCCAGGAGAUCUAGUGAAUGCUCAGAAUUAAGGCCUGGUAUUUGGAAUCCUAGAGUUUAUCAUCAAAGAAACAAGUAUUUUAAAGAUGACUUCUAUUGCCCUCAUCCUGUACUUCUGCAAGAAACUGAGCAUACAUAAGAGAAUUAAAUGUACUGUGUGGGAACAGAGUGAGGCAAGCUGUGGAAGAAGUGACAGAGCUGGAGACCAUCUUUGCUUUUCAGUACUGUGAAGGGUUGUGCUCACCUGGAACAGGUCUCCAAUCCAUGGCAGCACUGUGUGGUUGAUCGCCUGCUACACCUCGGUUUAUAUAAGUCUGUAAACAUGUACCUGUAACUUUCUUCCAAAAGCAAAAACAUACUUAUUAGAAGAAAAUUCUGACUUUAUAGAGAACAAAACUAGAGUGAGGAGAAUGUGACAUGUUUGCAAAAGUGUAUGCUUUCUUUCUUAAUGAAGGAAAAACAGUUUUAUUACCUGCUUAAGGGUCCAUCUGGAACUAAAGGGAUGCUACUUUCUAACAAGGUGUAUCUAGUAGGGGAGAAAGCCACCACAAUAAAUAUAUUUGUUAAUA